AAAAGACAGAGGAUUUUAGGCACGAAGACCAAGAAGACCCAAGCUCAACGAAAUGAGCCCUUUCCACCGACGUUCCUCCACCGGCAGCCUCCACUUGUGAGCGAAGUUUGCUUAUAAGGUUAGAUCUCUCAGGUGGACCUCUUUUCCGGUGACGUGGCGGUUUUUCCGGCGAGUUUACUACCUGAGAUGACUACCUUCUCUCUCCCGAUGUCGAGCCUCUCUCGUUGCGUACCGAUGUCUUCGGGUUCUUUCUCUAGUCUGAGAUCUCCUUCAGCACCACCAUCGGAGCCUCCGUCCCCACCAACUCCGCCUGAACCACCGGAUCCGCCGGAUCUUCAGUUCUGCCCCUCAUCCGGUGAUGCUCUUGUUCAGCUGCUUCUCCUUCAACAUCCCACCGGUCUUCAACGAGGUCACAUCGGUUCCGAGCGCCCAUCUCCGCUGCCCUCGAGAACUACUCCACCUUGCCGGAAGAAUGCUCCUCUGUCCAUCACCGUACUUGCUCGCCGCCGUCACUUGCUCCUCUCUCCACAUUUCUCAAACGUGAACCUAGGGUUUCACUAUUUGGGCCAAAUUUGGGAUAAUUUUCUAUUGGGCCAUGGUUGCUUAUUGGGCCAAAAGAGUGGGGUUUUCUUAUUGGGCCUUACUUUCCCAAGACUCAGCCCACCUUUUUCCUUUUAUCGUGUCUUCUCUUGUCUCGUCUCCCUACUCCGCUGCAAGCCAUCUCAAUCUCAUAAUCUCGUCGUCGCCAUCAACUUACCUCCUCAGAAGUUUCCCCAGUGAUAGUGUUACAGGAAGCAUUGAGUGCAAGACUGUUCUGCUUGAAGUAGAAGCGAGAAAUCUACUGGUGUUUGAAAACCGUGCUUUUUCUGAGGAGGACACUGCUUUGAAAGCCAUAACUGCGGCAAAUGAAUGGCAGGAGGCAAACCUUGCAGUCCAUGGCCAAUCGCGGAACAGAGCACAAGCUGUACCUCUUAUUGAGGAUAUACCAACUCCACUACCUCACUCAGAGGAUCCUUCUCUCAUUUUACCUCUUAUUGAGGCUCCUUCUCUCAAUUUACCUCUUAUUGAGGCUCCUUUUCACAGAAUUCCUCGCGAUGAGGUUUUUUCUUGCUACACGGAUGCAGCUUGGAUCGCAUCCUCUGGCUCCUGCGGUAUGGGAUGGAUUUUCAAGACUCAAGAUCAUCGAGUUAUCCAUCAGGGCUCGGCAACUCGCCUCCAUACACCAUCGGCUCUAGCUGCUGAAGCUUUGGCCUUGAGAUCAGCGCUGAUCGCAGCGUCUAGAAUGGAAUUCACCUCCAUCAAAGUUUUUUCGGACUCGCAAGUCCUCAUAUCUCUGCUAAAUACAGAGACCUCUACGAACGAGCUUCAAGGGAUUCUCCAUGACAUUGCUUUCUUUAGUCGUUCGCUAUCAUCUAUCAAGUUUCCUUUUGUUCCACGCAAGUCUAAUAUGUUAGCUGAUGCAUUGGCAAAGGCUGCCUUAUCUUCUUUACCUGUUUUAACUACUUCUGCUUUGUAAGAAUCGUCUAUUUAUCUAUAAAACCAGUUUGACCAAAAAAAAAAAAAAA